UAUUUCGCUACAUUGACCUAGAACUGUUCGCUACAGUUGUAGAUAUAGUCUACAUCUAUAAAGAUCUAGAUCUAUGAAUCAUCGAACGUGAAAACGUUCAUAGAGGCUAUCAACAAUCAAAGUGGUUAAAAUUAAACAAAAAUAAACUGAGCUGUAGACCGUGUAGUACUACUAGUAGACGAUCUACUCAUCUAGAUCUAGAUCUAAAUAUUAUUAUUUAGAAUUGACUAGCUUAAAGUAGACGCUAGCUAGUCUAGUGAAAAUGGCCUCAGCUGGAGGAGCAGGAGGGGGCCGUAACUUGAACUUCAAAGUUGUUUUGCUUGGUGAAGGCUGUGUAGGGAAAACUUCUUUGGUACUCAGAUAUGUUGAAAAUAAAUUUAAUGAUAAGCACAUAACAACAUUACAGGCAUCUUUCCUGAACAAAAAAUUAAAUAUUGGAGGUAAAAGAGUGAAUCUUGCAAUUUGGGAUACUGCAGGCCAAGAAAGAUUCCAUGCAUUGGGUCCAAUAUAUUAUAGAGACAGUAAUGGUGCUAUAUUAGUGUAUGAUAUAACAGAUGAAGAUUCUUUUCAAAAAGUGAAGAACUGGGUAAAAGAGUUACGUAGAAUGUUAGGUCAAGAUGUUUGUUUAUGUAUAGCUGGAAAUAAAACAGACUUAGAAAAGAAUCGAAAUGUUACUGUUGCAGAAGCAGAAGCAUAUGCAGCUUCUGUGGGUGCUAAGCAUUUUCACACCUCUGCGAAAAUGGGCAAGGGCAUUGAGGACUUAUUUUUAGAUUUAAGUAAAAGCAUGAUAGAAAAGUCAGAGGAAGGUGUAGCUAAAGGUCGACCUGGAAGCACCAGAAAGAGUCAAGUUUUAGUGGUGGAUGAUUCUACAGAGGAACCACCUCCCAAGUCAGGGUGCUGUGGCUAGGCUGGUUUACUUGCUAUUUUAUUCUUGACAUAUUUACAAAAAGGCCUUAAUUUAAAUUUCAGAAGUGAAACAAAACAAAAAGUUGUGUGAGAAGUUGGCCAUUGUUGUGUAAAACAAAAUGGUAGCUGAGGAUUCCCCAUGUGCUAUUUUAAUGUGAUACUGUGUUGUUGUGACUGGCACCUACCUUGUUGAUUCUAUUUGCUUGUAAUGUUUUCUCAGAAUUGUGGAAGCUGUUGUCAUUGAUGAUGGCCUUGAGAUUGUUUGUUUUUUUCUAUUCCUAAAAUUGUAAAUGUGUGUUAUCAAUUUGCUAGCAGAAUUAUGAUGAGAAUCAUUUAGCAUUAGCUAUUGUUUCUUGAGAGCUAGAUUGAUUUGUGUGUUUAUUUUGUUUGAGUAAAGCAAAUAUAUUUUGUUUGAGUAAAGCAAAUAUAAUUUGUUUGAGUAAAGCAAAUAUAUUUUGUUUGAGUAAAGCAAAUAUAAUUUGUUUGAGUAAAGCAAAUAUAUUUUGUUUGAGUAAAGCAAAUAUAUAUUUUUUAUGUUACUCUAAUGCUCAUUAAGUUUCUUAUUCAGUUUGGUUGUUACAAUUGUAUAAAUUCUGUGGGUUCUUUUUUUUAUUUUCAGUUCUCAGCCUCUGACAUUUUUAGUGUUAAUAAGCUAUACUAAAAUUAUUUACAAAAUAAUUUAUGAAAUAUUAAAGUCAUUUUCAAAUUUUUCUGAAUUUAAAAACAUUUAGUUCCUGAUAUGUAAUUUGUAAUUGCAUUUUUUUUUAAAGUUUAUAAUUUAAAAAAUAACAGGUUUUUAAAACAAAUGUCAAUUUUUUUGUCUUGUCAUGUCUAUACCAAUACUUUAGUAUGAAAAGUAAUACUACAAUUUUGUCUGCAACCCAGCUAAUUGCCUAAAUCAUAAGCUGAAUAGAAUUUUAAUGUAUAUGUCUUGUAAUAAUGCAUUAAAUAUACUUGAGAGAAAACCCUGUGACUAUGGUAUAAACGAUUAUUGAUUUUUUUUUCUUUACCUGAUUCUAUCUAAAAAUCCUAAUGGCUUGUGCAGAUAUCUAUGCAUUAUGAAAACAAGGGGAAAGGUCUUUACUCAGUCAUCUCAUUCUUGUUUAGAUGAUGAACAGAAGCAGCCAAUGUUAACAAUUGUGACCUAUUCUUCCUGUACCAGUACACAAGUCACUGUUUUGUCUGGGAUCUGAGAGAAUGACAAUUGUUGACCUGCAAGUGUAUUGCUGCGAUGUGUGUUUGAUCAAGGUCUGCAAAAUCUUUUUUUUUCCCCCUUCUACUGUUUAUUUCAAAUAGUUUUCUUUACUUUUUGAAACGUUUUUUUUAACUAGUGGUAGAUAUGUUUUGCUUAACACUGUCAGAAGGUAUUUACUUACCUAAUGGAUGGGCAUAGUAAUAGACUUAGUAAAAAAAAAAAUGUAAUUGUCCUAGUAAUGUUCUCUAGUCAUACUAACUACAAUACCCACAAACAGAAGUAGAAACAAAAAUGUUUGUUUGUUUUUUUUAAUCAGUACCAUUAUGUUUAAAUUUACUCUUGAUAUUGCUUUUUAAAUUGAUUCAUGUGUUUGAAUGCUUGACUAUUUAUACCAAUGCAAACUUUUUUUUUCAUCUUCUGAUUUCUAAAAAUUUGUUUUUCUCAACUUUACAUUCAGUAAAGUUUCAUCUCUGAUGCACUAUGUCAUGCUUAUGUUUAUGACUUGCUCUAUUGUCAUAUGAACUGUUCUUUUGUUAACUUAGGGAACCAUUAUAUAAGAAGAAACUUCCACAGCAUCUCUUGAGAGAAAGAUUAUUUGUGACCAAAACUUAGUCUUAUCAGUAGAGAAAGUGUAUUAUAUUUUGAAUAUUUGCAACUUGCUAGUUAAAAUUCUUAUCAUUAUGACUUUUGAUGACUGUCCAAGUAAUUCUCAUUACUUCAGGUUUAGGCAAAACACUCAAAUUUAUUUUGUGUUGAUUUUUUUUUUAACCAUUUAAAAAAAAAAAUAUUUAUUUAAGCUAUAUGUUUAUGUGUACACAUAGCCUAUUGAAUAGAGGACCUAAAUUCCAUUUGAUAGACAAUAAUUUGUAUUAAUUAGGAAUGUUUUUCAAAAUAAUAAUAAUAAUGUUGUGUUAUUAUUCAGUUAAUUUUCUACCCAUUCUGUUUUACAGGCUGAACCACCACAAUCAUCUCCUCUAAAAUGUAGCAAAUUGUCACUUCAUACAAUUUGUUAUUAAGGGAGAGAUACAGCAUUUUUAAGUAAAAUGGCUUAAGUAGUUUGACAGUAUAAUAAUUAAAUCUAUUGUAUUUUUAAAUGUGAAAUGUCUGUCGAUUGUUUACCAUACCAUGAAUCAUUAUUAUUUUUUUAUUUUUUUUCACUAUCCAUCAAAUCCCAUGAACCAAAAUAAAAAAUAUAUAUCUA